AUGCAACACUACAGCCCCGCGCCAUCGUCAUCGUCGGCAUUGUCGGAGCCUGGCUCCCCCACUGCCCGUGUCAUCAGCGCUGGCCGGGCCAACAUUGAGAUGGACGAGAUCAUUGUCGACCCCAGCUCGGCACAGCGCUACAGCAUCAUGCAGCGCGAACAACCCGCCGAGGAAGCUCCCAAUGUGCCCCUGACCGCGGCCGGGCUGCCGAGAAAGAAGCCCGGUCGCAAGCCUGGCAGCACAGUGAAGCCAAAACCACCGGCCGAUCCGAAUGCCCCCGAGCAGCAGAAGCAGCGCCGUCCGCGUAAGCCUAAGGACCCUAAUGCCCCUACGGUGCAGCGCAAGAGGAAGGCUGCCGCCUCUGAUGCUGGCGAUGCGACCAACUCGGAAAUGGACGCACGGUCGGCUUCCGGUCCGGCCCGUGAACCCAAGAUCACCGAGCUCCCCUCCAUGAGAGGCCUGGCUGCCGAGGCCCGUUCCGUUCCGACAGAGAAGACGACUCCGACGACCAGUUUUAGCCAUUCCGCGCAGAAGCCGAUGCAGAUGCAGAACAUCCUAAACGAGGAACCGCCGAAACCGCAACCUCCCCCGCCUACUCGGCAGAUGUUUGACCCUGUCCGUGGCAACUAUGACCCCAUCCGCGAGUCGGCUAACUCCCUGGGCUCUCCCCGUGCCCCAACUUCCCAGAGCGCCACAGCAAUUAAUCGCGCCAGCGCAUCCCCUUCUAUUGCGAGCCUGGUUGAUCCCCAGCCCGGCUUUUCGCCGGCGCCUAAUCAGUCAUUCACCAACCACUCGACGCAGUCCCGUUUCCAUGAGCCUUCCUCGAUGCCCACUUCGCCCUCGAAUGGUAUUCGGACUACGACCCAGACAACGAGUGCUCUGCCCAAACCUGCCCUUGCCGAUGCCCGAAGACCGCCACCGCCACCUCCUGCUCCUGCUCCUGCUCCCAAGCCCGAGUCGAAGCCCACCUCUUCAUUCACCAGCUUGACCUCAGUUUCUGCCUCUUUGUCAGCAUCGGCCACACAAACCCCUGCACCCACAUCAGCCCCUGCCCUGGCACCGCCUCCGGCGCCGGCUCAGGUUAAUAAGAAGGUCGCUGCCGUCGCCGAGCAGGAGCGCGAGUCGCGCAAGAAACCUCGCAGCAGUGUCGCGUCAUCGUCGCCCAAAUUUGCCUCUCUCAAGGACGCGCUGCCCCCCUUGCCCGGCGAAGGCCGUUCCAUCCUCGACUUCGGUAAGGCCCGUCCGGGUGAAGAGAUCCAAGCGCCCAACAUCACACUGCACAUCCCGCUCAAGCCGGGAGAGAACAACGUCUACGUCAACUUCAUGCGCAUGGCCGAGGAGCGCUACGGCUGGGAUGCCCUGCACCCGCGACUCGCAGCCAGCCGCGAGCGCAAAGCCCGUAUCGCGGCCGCCACUGCCGCUCUUGAGCGCGAGAAAUAUGGCAAGGAGACCGCCGACGGCGAUGAGGAGAUGGUCGAUAGCGAUCUUGGCGGCGACAGCAAUGUCGAGAUGGUCGACGCGCCGCCCGUCAAGCCCCGCAAGAAGCGCCAUUGGCGCGAGGACGAGUAUGAUUUGGACGACGAUUUCGUGGAUGACUCGGAGCUGCUGUGGGAGGAACAGGCGGCGGCUAGUCGGGACGGUUUUUUUGUUUAUAGUGGCCCGCUGAUUCCAGAGAUUGAGAAGCCUGCUGUACAGGAGGAUAGACCUAGGCGGGGUAGGGGGGGCAGGGGGAGGGGAGGCAGAGGGGGUGGUGGGCGCGGGGGAAGGAGUAAUAGUGCUAAUAAUACCGAGAAUAAUGGUGAAGAAGGGGAGGAGCAGCAGCAGCAGCAGCAGCAGCAGCAGCAACAACAACAGCAGCAACAGCAGCAACAGCAACAGCAGCAGCCGGCGAAAACGUCGGGCAGGGGAAGAGGUCGUGGCAGUGGGCCUGGUUCGCGUGGAGGAACUGUAAGGAAGCCUAGGGCGACAAAAGCCGAGAAGGAAAUGAAGGAGAAGGAGAAGGUGGGGCUUUUGGCGGCGGCUGCUACGACGAAUGGCGGUGGCUUGUUGGGAUUAGGUGCUGCGCCAGGGAGUGCGUUGUCUACUGUGACGAUGUGA